CAAAAUGGAGGUACUGUUUUUGUGUUGAUAGUGAAUAUUGUGUCUUUGAUGCUGUUUGAAAUUUGAUUGAUUGACGAAAACUAAAAAUAAAUAAAUAAAUAAGAAUAUGACUUCCAAAAAUCUCUAAAGGGAUACGACAGAUGUAUCACAUAGGAGGCCAUGAGAAGCUAUUUAAGUGUUACUACUAUUUACAUGUCACAGAUGAACAAGUGGGGUACUAAAUAUUGGUUUGAUUCGGGUUCUGGAAUAAACAUUGUCAAUCAAAUUCCCGAAUUGGGUGGAUUUAUAAUCCAUCCCUGGAAGAGCGAAUGUCUCCCUCACUGACUUCCAUGGACCCAAGGCCUGGUUGUAAUGAUGAAUUUUAUCCUGGUUCGACUCAAAGCAGUUUGAAUAAUUCUCCUCAGUCAAGUUAUAGUUACAGAAUAAGCCCAAGCAGUUGUAGGUUUCAUGAUUCUGGAUUGCUUCUUUGUACAGCCACCUAUGAUUAUGAAGGAAAUGGGGAAGAUGAACUUACCCUUCGAAGAGGAGAAAUUGUUGAAGUACUUUCCAAAGAUUCUAAAAUCUCUGGAGAUGAAGGAUGGUGGACAGGAAAAAUUGGGCAGAGAGUGGGAAUUUUUCCUGCCAAUUUCGUUGCCGAAGAAAAUGAGUUUGUUCUCUCAACUGCUCUCAAUAAUAUCAAACCAACAGAAAUAGAUUUUGUCAAGUUACAAUUAGAGGAGGUGAUUGGGGCUGGGGGUUUUGGCAAGGUUUAUAGAGGGGUUUAUAAUGGCGAAGAAGUUGCAGUUAAAGCUGCCAGACAGAUGGGCGAAGACAGUGCAGCUAUGAGAGAGAAUGUACUUCAAGAAGCUAAACUGUUUUGGCUUCUUAAACAUGAAAAUAUUGUUUGCCUUAAAGGUGUAUGUUUAAAACAACCCAACUUUUGUUUAGUGAUGGAAUAUGCUAGGGGUGGACCAUUGAAUAGGGUCUUAGCUGGUAGUAGGAAAAUAAGUCCUAGUGUAUUGGUUGAUUGGGCUAUUCAAAUUGCUAGAGGAAUGAACUAUUUACAUAAUGGUGCACCUGUUCGCCUCAUCCAUAGAGAUCUUAAAUCUUCUAAUGUUCUCAUAGCUGAACCAAUUGAUGGAGAUGAUUUACAGUUCAAAACAUUAAAAAUAACUGAUUUUGGACUAGCUAGAGAAGUAUAUACAACCACUAGGAUGUCAGCAGCUGGAACUUAUGCUUGGAUGGCUCCUGAAGUUAUUAAAAAUUCAACAUUUUCUAAAGCUAGUGAUGUAUGGAGUUAUGGUGUCGUGUUGUGGGAAUUGCUGACUGGUGAAACUCCUUAUAAGAAUAUAGAACCUUUAUCUAUUGCAUAUGGUGUUGCAGUGAACAGAUUAACUCUCCCAAUUCCAAAAACAUGCCCAAGAGCUUGGCGUGAAUUAAUGGAGGAUUGUUGGAAACCUGAUUCGCAUUCUCGUCCAACUUUUGAGGACAUACUUGAUCGGUUUAAUUUCAUCAUGCAAUCUGGAUUUACUCAAACACCUUAUGAAAGUUUCCACACUAUGCAAGAUGAUUGGAGACUUGAAAUUGAAGAAGUUUUAGAUGAACUCCGUAAUAAGGAAAGUGAACUGAGAUGCCGUGAAGAAGAGUUGAAUCGAGACAAAUUAAAGCAAAAUCUGUUAGCUCAACAGUUAAAGCAAAAAGAGAGGGAAUUAAAAAUGAAAGAGAUGGAACUUGUAAAACGUGAACUUCAUAUUUGUCUUAUUAUGCAACAACAGCAAACUCCAACACCUAACAAGAGAAAAGGAAAGUUCAAAAUUAAAGCAUUGAAGAAAGAACCCGGUCAGAAUAUUAGUUCUCCUUCUGAUUUUCAACACAAAAUACAAGUUCAGCCUGACGGAUUUAUAUCUACUAUUCCACCUCUCUCUCCUCCAAGUGUUGCACAGAUGAAGAAAGCAAUAACACCACGUGGUGAGAUAAAAGGAAAGACUUGGGGUCCUAGCACGUACCAUCAGAGAAGAUCUAGGACUUCUACCAUAGUCGAUAACUUACCACCUGAAUCUCAGACUCCUAAAUGGAGCCGUUCAGCUCCAGAUUUGAAGAAACAAAACUGGACAGGGCCUGUAAACGGAGAAGUGAGAAUGUCAUCUUUCAGAAGAGCUAUGUACAAUAUGUCGGCAAUGCUUGCAUCUAUUGGCAUUGGAACAGAUAUCAGGCCUACCGCUGAUAAAACAAACAGGACAAGCGGUGCAACGUCUGAAGCAGACGAUGACGACAGUUGGAGCGACGAUGCUAGCUCCAAUUACUAUGUUCCUGGCCACAACACAUACCAUGGUAGGGGCCUUCACUCCCGCCCUCCUUUACCAAGCAUCUUAACACAAUCCCACUCCCUGCUUCUUCAAGAAAGUAGCAGCGAAGAUCUUAGUUUCCAGUCAGCAAGUGAUAAUCACAGAGUUCGUUUUGAUACUCAGUAUGAUUUCAAUAAUUAGAUAAAAAUUAUAAAUUUUUGUUAUUGUAUAUAAGAGACAAAGAAAUUUUGGUAUCAUUAACUGAUACCAGAGUUUAUUAGUAUCCCAAUACUUUUGGGAACAAAAAUAUUUUAAUAUUUAAAAUUUUUCACUCUAUAUCUUAAUAGACUGAAGUGUACUUCUUUCUGCUUACAUCAGUAAUUUAUUAAUUAUUGUUUGAAUUAUAAUAAUAUAAAUUAUGUUAAAAAGUUUAAAAUUUACCCUACAUUCCUUUAGAAAUGACACAUAAAAAAAUAAAUGCUUAUCUGUGAUCAAUGCCUAAUGUUUUUGCAUAAAAAUGACAAGCUUAAAGUUAUCAUAUAUUAUAAUAUCACUUAUAACAUGAAGAUGAUUUUUGUUUUGUUAAAAGUGAAAGCUGAAGAAAAAAAAGAUGACUUAUUUAUUUUCUAUCACUGUUUUCAGUAUUUUUCUCUAAAAAUCCCUUUCCUUGUUGAGAUGACAAAAAUUAAAAUUAAGAAGAAAAUAUUGAGUUUAUUUUAAGAGAGAUUUAAGUUAUAUUUAUUCUUUGUAUAUGGUUUAUGUAAUACUAUACUAACUUUAAUCUAAGGUCCUUGAUUAAUUGGAAAUAAGUUCAUUUUAUACAUUUUCACUUUUUCAUUAAAAAAGAAAAAAUGAAAAAAAAAAUCCUAAAGAUGUGCAAUAUUUAUUUUCAUAAUGAACUGACAUUAUUUGUAUAUUUUGUUGUCAUGACUGGCUUUAAUUCCAAAUUUAAUUUGUUUAUUAUUGACAGGAUAACUUAAUUAUUACAUUAUGCUUCAUAUUUCCAUUGGAAACUUAAUCUUAAAUUGAAAAAAAGCCUUAAAGUGUGGUCAAUUAAAACAUAUUGUGGAAAGGUUUUGCUAAUUUUAGUUGUUGAUGAAUGUUUAUUUUACAACAAACCAUUAUGUGACAAUAAGUGUACCAAAGCUGAAAAUUUUUAAUUAUUUUAUCAAAUGAAGUACAUUUUACAAACAAUUGUAUUUAGAAAAAGAAAAAAAAAUGGUGCUUCUAUUCAUUAAAUGUGCUUCUUUUACUUUCUUUUUUUUUAUUUUAUUAUUUUUUUUCUGUUUUAAUAUUUUUAAGAUACAAGAAAUAUACUCAGAUUUGUAAUUUUUACAUGUUUGUGGUGGUAUUAAAAAUAAUUUUUGUUAACUGUUUUAUAUUUGUAGACACCAUUUUUUCUCCCUUUUUUUUAUGUAA